AUUAUUGAAUCUUCUCUCAGUCCGUCAUGGAUCCAGAUUCUUUUCGCAAGUUUGCAACACAAGUGAGGAAAGCAGGAGGUAACAGACCUCCUCAAGGAUUUCUUGCUGGAGGUGGACUUUUGGUAGCCCUCGUUGCCGGUGGUCUGGCCCUAAACGCUAGUCUCUUCAAUGUUGAUGGUGGCCAUCGUGCAAUUAAAUACACGAGGUUACGAGGUGUCAAGAAUGAGAUCUAUCCUGAAGGAACACAUUUUGCGAUACCUUGGUUCGAACGUCCCGUGGUCUUCGAUAUUCGUGCCAAACCACGAAAUAUCGCCAGUUUGACCGGCACAAAAGACUUACAAAUGGUCAAUAUCACCUGCCGUGUUCUUUCCCGUCCCUCUAUAGACGACCUGCCUGUCAUCUACCGAGAACUUGGUCAAGACUAUGACGAGAGGGUAUUACCGUCCAUCGUGAACGAAGUGCUGAAGAGUGUCGUCGCACAAUUUAACGCCAGUCAACUCAUCACACAGCGAGAACAUGUUUCUCGACUUGUUCGUGAAGGAUUGACUAAGCGUGCUUUGCGAUUCAAACUUGUUUUGGACGAUGUUUCUAUCACCCACCUCACCUUCUCUCCGGAAUUUACCCAUGCUGUCGAGGCAAAGCAGAUCGCUCAACAAAAUGCUCUUCGAGCAGCCUUUCUGGUUGAUCAAGCAGUACAGGAGAAAGAGUCAAUCAUUGUUCGCGCUGAUGGUGAAGCCAAAAGUGCUGAACUCAUUGGAGAAUCGCUUCGCGGAAAUAAAGGUUUCCUUGAGCUUCGUCGAUUAGAAGCUGCAAGAGAUAUUGCGACUCUCCUUUCGACUUCAGGCAACAAAAUGAUGCUCGAUGCACAGAGUUUGCUCUUGAAUGUGGCUGGUGACAAUGUCAAUGAUCUGGUCAAGUCGAAACGGUCAUAAUCUAUGUACAAUGUCUGUACAUUUAAGUUUCGCAGUUGAAUCAGAUAUUUUCGCACUGGUAAUUUACAAUAUAUAUACGACAAAAUCGGCCGAUACCCUCUUCGGUCGU